GCCUCGGCGCCCCCUUCUCGCAGACAGUGCCAGGACUGAGGCUCCCGGGGAAGACGCGGCCCCCGAAGACCGCUGGGGCGCCCCGUUGGGGAUGCACCGAAGGCCCCGCGUUCGAGCCGCGCAGAGCCAGGCCCACGGCGUCAGGAGCCCAUGAGCACCAUGAGCCUACUGACCCUCGCCCUGCUUUUCUCCUGCUCCUUCGCCCGUGCCGCCUGCGACCCCAAGAUCGUCAACAUCGGCGCCGUGCUGAGCACGCGGAAACAUGAGCAGAUGUUCCGCGAGGCGGUGAACCAGGCCAACAAGCGGCACGGCUCCUGGAAGAUCCAGCUCAAUGCCACCUCCGUCACCCACAAGCCCAACGCCAUCCAGAUGGCCCUGUCCGUGUGCGAGGACCUCAUCUCCAGCCAGGUCUACGCCAUCUUAGUUAGCCACCCUCCUACCCCCAACGACCACUUCACUCCCACCCCCGUCUCCUACACAGCCGGCUUCUACCGCAUCCCUGUCCUGGGGCUGACCACCCGCAUGUCCAUCUACUCGGACAAGAGCAUCCACCUGAGCUUCCUGCGCACCGUGCCGCCCUACUCGCACCAGUCCAGCGUCUGGUUUGAGAUGAUGCGCGUCUAUAACUGGAACCACAUCAUCCUGCUCGCCAGCGACGACCACGAGGGCCGGGCGGCGCAGAAGCGCCUGGAGACGCUGCUGGAGGAGCGCGAGUCCAAGGCUGAGAAGGUGCUGCAGUUCGACCCGGGGACCAAGAACGUGACGGCCCUGCUGAUGGAGGCACGGGAGCUGGAGGCACGCGUCAUUAUCCUCUCGGCCAGCGAGGACGAUGCUGCCACCGUGUACCGCGCAGCCGCGAUGCUGAACAUGACGGGCUCGGGGUACGUGUGGCUGGUGGGCGAGCGCGAGAUCUCGGGAAACGCCCUGCGCUACGCACCAGACGGCAUCAUCGGGCUGCAGCUCAUCAACGGCAAGAACGAGUCUGCGCACAUCAGCGACGCCGUGGGCGUGGUGGCGCAGGCCGUGCACGAGCUCCUGGAGAAGGAGAACAUCACCGACCCGCCGCGGGGCUGCGUGGGCAACACCAACAUCUGGAAGACCGGGCCGCUCUUCAAGAGGGUGCUGAUGUCUUCGAAGUACGCAGAUGGGGUGACCGGCCGUGUGGAGUUCAACGAGGACGGGGACCGGAAGUUCGCCAACUACAGCAUCAUGAACCUGCAGAACCGCAAGUUGGUGCAAGUGGGCAUCUACAACGGCACCCAUGUCAUCCCCAACGACAGGAAGAUCAUCUGGCCAGGGGGAGAGACGGAGAAGCCUCGAGGGUACCAGAUGUCGACCAGGUUAAAGAUCGUGACAAUCCACCAGGAGCCCUUCGUGUACGUCAAGCCCACGCUGAAUGACGGGACGUGCAAGGAGGAGUUCACAGUCAACGGUGACCCCGUCAAGAAGGUGAUCUGCACCGGGCCCAACGACACGUCGCCCGGCAGCCCCCGCCACACGGUGCCUCAGUGCUGCUACGGCUUCUGCAUCGACCUGCUCAUCAAGCUGGCGCGGACCAUGAACUUCACUUACGAGGUGCACCUCGUGGCCGACGGCAAGUUCGGCACGCAGGAGCGGGUGAACAACAGCAACAAGAAGGAGUGGAACGGAAUGAUGGGCGAGCUGCUCAGCGGGCAGGCGGACAUGAUCGUGGCGCCGCUGACCAUCAACAACGAGCGUGCGCAGUACAUCGAGUUCUCCAAGCCUUUCAAGUACCAGGGCCUGACCAUUCUGGUCAAGAAGGAGAUCCCUCGGAGCACGCUGGACUCGUUCAUGCAGCCUUUCCAGAGCACGUUGUGGCUGCUGGUGGGGCUGUCGGUGCACGUGGUGGCCGUGAUGCUGUACCUGUUAGACCGCUUCAGCCCCUUCGGCCGGUUUAAGGUGAACAGCGAGGAGGAGGAGGAGGACGCGCUGACCCUGUCCUCGGCCAUGUGGUUCUCCUGGGGCGUCCUGCUCAACUCGGGCAUCGGGGAGGGCGCCCCCCGGAGCUUCUCGGCGCGCAUCCUGGGCAUGGUGUGGGCCGGCUUCGCUAUGAUCAUCGUGGCCUCCUAUACCGCCAACUUGGCGGCCUUCCUGGUGCUGGACCGACCUGAGGAGCGCAUCACCGGCAUCAACGACCCGCGGCUGAGGAACCCCUCGGACAAGUUCAUCUACGCCACAGUGAAGCAGAGCUCGGUGGACAUCUACUUCCGGCGGCAGGUGGAGCUGAGCACCAUGUACCGGCACAUGGAGAAGCACAAUUACGAGACCGCAGCUGAGGCCAUCCAGGCCGUGCGGGACAACAAGCUGCACGCCUUCAUCUGGGACUCUGCGGUGCUGGAGUUCGAGGCCUCUCAGAAGUGCGACCUGGUAACCACAGGCGAGCUCUUCUUCCGCUCGGGCUUCGGCAUCGGCAUGCGCAAGGACAGCCCCUGGAAGCAGAACGUCUCCCUGUCCAUUCUCAAGUCCCAUGAGAAUGGCUUCAUGGAAGACCUGGAUAAGACUUGGGUGCGGUACCAGGAAUGUGAUUCACGAAGCAACGCCCCUGCUACCCUCACCUUCGAGAACAUGGCAGGGGUCUUCAUGCUGGUGGCUGGGGGCAUCGUGGCCGGCAUCUUCCUGAUCUUCAUUGAGAUCGCUUACAAGCGGCACAAGGACGCGCGCCGGAAGCAGAUGCAGCUGGCCUUUGCAGCGGUGAACGUGUGGAGGAAGAACCUGCAGGAUAGAAAGAGUGGUAGAGCAGAGCCCGACCCUAAAAAGAAAGCCACAUUUAGGGCUAUCACCUCCACCCUGGCUUCCAGCUUCAAGAGACGUAGGUCCUCCAAAGACACGAGCACCGGGGGUGGACGCGGCGCUUUGCAAACCCAAAAAGACACAGUGCUGCCGCGACGCGCUAUUGAGAGGGAGGAGGGCCAGCUGCAGAUGUGUGCCCGUCAUAGGGAGAGCUGAGACGCCCUGCCCGCCCUCCUCUGCCCCCCUCCCCCGCAGACAGACAGACAGACGGACGGGACAGCGGCCCGGCCCGCGCAGAGCCCCCGGAGCACGAUGGGGUCAGGGGGAGGAGUACCCCCCAGCCUCCCCCAGGCCGCGCCCGCCCACCCGCCUGCCGGUCAGCCGGCUGGCCGGUCCCCAUCCUGGCCCCACACGUGCCCCCGAGCCUCGGGGCUAACGGGCCGCCUUGUCUGUGUAUUUCUAUUUUACAGCAGUAUCAUCCCACUGAUAUCACGGGCCCGCUCAACCUCUCAGAUCCCUCGGUCAGCACCGUGGUGUGAGGCCCCCCCCCGGAGCCGCCCGCCCGCCUGCCCAGUUAGCCCAGCCAAGGACACUGAUGGUCCUGCUGCUCGGGAAGGCCUGAGGGAAGCCCACCCGCCCCAGAGACCGCCCGCCCCGGGCCUCCCCUCCAUCUGUCUGCCCGCCACCUGGCGGGCAGGCCCCUGCUGGACCGAGAGCAGACCGGAGGCUGAGCCAGUUGGGCAGGGCCGCAGGGCGCUCCGGCAGAGGCAGGGCCCUGGGGGCUGGAGCGUGGCGAGAGGGGUUACUCUGCCCCUGGAUGGAGGGGCUUGGAGCAGAGACAGCCCCAUCCUGCCCCGCCACCACCGGAGCCACAGCCGGGCCCACAGGCUGGGCCACCCUGUCCUCAAGCGCCUGCUCUACUCCAGCCUCAGCUCGACUUCUCCCCUCUUCUCGCUGCACCCCGACCCACGCCCCUUCUCCCCCUAGAUCCCGCCGCCGGCUCGCCCUGCCUCCUCCCCAUCUCAGUCCGGAUUCCGGGCCAGCAGC